CGCUCAAAGUUUAUCCCGCUGUAGCGCGCUCGCGGCGCUCUCCAUUGUUUGCGAGGAAUUGUGGGUAGACACCUGAGGUCGCCAUUUUCUGGAUCACGUGACCCUCUGGUCGUGUAGCGAAGGCGAGGGAGGCUGGCAGGGAGGGCAAGGCGAGCUCGAUCAAAAAGCUCGCCGCAGCCUUUUAGUGGGUUUGUGCCGUGUUGUGUCGAGUCGUAGUGGUAGCCGCCGCUGCACGACAAUGCUGUGAUGUAAGCAACGAGAUUGAGCAUCGUUUGACCCGAGGACCGUGCUGCUCGCUCGCCUCGCUUCCUCGCCGUGUGUGUGUGUGUGCUGUGUUGUUGCUGACCCCCGCGCGCGCGGUGGCAGUAUCCUCGCUUUUUAUCACGGGGCGCUACGCGACUCUCGUGACCGUCGGAGACGCGGAGGAUAUCGUCGCCCGAGACGCAGGCCGAAGCGGCAGGAGCUUUCGAGUUCACGCUCUGGCGACGCUGGUGCUCUAGCAGUCUGGGCCAACCCCCGGCGGGCAAGGCGGCGGCGGUGGAAACAGUACCGGUCCUGUGCGAUCCGCGGCAGCAAACCGUUUCACGAAGGUGAAAGACCUUGGAGAGAGCUGCUGCUCGUCCUGCCGUUUUGUUGUCGGGCAACGCGGAUUCGUCAGGCGCUCUGCCGUUAAAACACGAGGGUAGACUGGGCAACAGCGGCUGCAGGAAAGCGGCGCCCGCUGCUUGAAAACUCGACUGCUCCUCCGAUCGACCUUCUUUUUCCCAUUUUUUUCUUGGAUCCGAGCCCAUCUACGCUACGGUGCGGGCCGACCGACCGCAAACAAGCGUCGUCCCUUGCCGAGUUUGGUGUGUGCGAUCGGUGCUGUGUGCAUGUGCGGCGUGUGAGACCCGCUCGGAUUCCCCUGCGACGAGAAAAGGAAAGCGCGCUGGCCUCGCGGUGAUGUCGGCGGGCGCAGCGGGGGGACAGCACCGGCGGAGACGCGAGUUUUGGCGGCGGACGCCGUCUACGGCCCUGUGAUUGUGCUUCUCACGAAGGGGGUCCCCCGUGCCCCCCCGAGAAAGCAGCCAAGCUGGCGUCGUUCAGUGCCCGAGAGAAGGCGGCCGUCAUGUCCGAGUACCAAUGGGCGUACUCCUUGGUGGACUCAUCACGCGUCUCCACCUUCCUCAUCUCCAUUCUGCUCAUGGUGUAUGGCAGCUUCAGGUCACUCAACAUGGAGCAAGAGCAGAAAGAGCGCAACGGCCAGGGAGCUGAAAACAAUGUGCAGACGCUGGACACGAUGCAAGCUCUAUGCCUGCCCCUAGGCGCUUCCAUCUCCCUUCUGGUCAUGUUCUUCUUCUUCGACUCCAUGCAGAUGCUGUUUGCCAUCUGCACUGCAAUAAUCGCCACCAUCGCCCUAGCCUUCCUGCUCCUGCCCAUGUGCCAGUACCUCAUAAGGCCGUGCUCCAGUGGCAAAAAAAUUUCAUUCGGGACGUGCGGCCGCUUCACGGCAGCAGAGCUGGUCUCUUUCUCCCUCUCCGUGGCCAUUGUGUGUGUCUGGGUGCUCACGGGACACUGGUUACUCAUGGACGCGAUGGGAAUGGGUCUGUGCGUGGCGUUUAUAGCAUUUGUGCGACUGCCCAGCCUCAAGGUGUCCACCCUGCUCCUCACGGGGCUCCUCAUAUACGAUGUCUUCUGGGUGUUUUUCUCCUCUUAUAUCUUCAAUGCCAAUGUCAUGGUCAAAGUGGCCACACGGCCGGCAGACAAUCCUGUGGGCCUGGUUGCCAAGAAGCUCCACCUGGGCAGCAUGGUUAGGGAGGCCCCUAAGCUGUCGCUCCCUGGAAAGCUGGUUUUUCCAAGUGUGCAUAGCAGUGGCCACUUCUCCAUGCUGGGUUUAGGUGAUAUCGUGAUGCCAGGCCUGCUUCUGUGCUUUGUUCUGCGCUAUGACGCCUACAAGAAGGCCCAGCUGAGCUCUGCCGAGACGGGCGUGCCGCCGCCCAACCACCUCAACAAGAUCUCCUACUUCCACUGCUCCCUCAUUGGCUACUUCCUUGGCCUGCUGACGGCCACGGUGUCCUCGGAGGUGUUCAAGGCGGCCCAGCCUGCGCUGCUCUACCUGGUUCCUUUCACGUUACUCCCACUGUUGACCAUGGCCUACCUCAAGGGUGACUUGAGGCGAAUGUGGAGCGAGCCGUUCAUCAGCAACCCGCCUUCCAAGCAUCUGGACGUCUGACAGACAUCGUGCGCACGUCUGUUUCUUCUGCCGCUACCGUUCUCGCCUACAUGCGCACACAUCUGAGCAUGUGCCUGUGUGUGUGUGUGUGUGUGUGUGUGUGGGACGUUGACUGACAAGCUGCAUGCGGCAGUGCUCGGAAGAAGAAUGCAUCGACCUCAUCACUUUAAGCACCUCACGCAACCCGCCUCUCAUCGUCAUCACCCUCGUCAUCUCCCUCUGGGGACAAUGACCAUUGGCCGUGACUGGAAGUCAUUGCACUGCGGCUGGUCUGUUGGGGGAGGGGGGGCACAUGCGCAUUCAUCAUCCCUUCAUCGAGGAGGAGGUUUGGGUUGGACUCUGCACCCAUCUGUGACUCGCUGGCACAUUGCUCGUAGGCUGCUGUGAGUGGAGGAAUGGAGUGCGGCUGAACCCAUGCACCGUGACGUGUCCGGAGUCAUGCCGCUGCUGUCUUUAGCAGAUGUUUGUGUUGACGGGUGAAAGAUGGAAGUCGAAAAGAGGCGAGCCUCAAGUGCAUCCUAGGCAAAAGCGACCCCAAAGUUUGUGCCUGUCACGCGUGGUAUUUCUUCCCCCCCCCCCCCUUGGUAUUGUCUGUUAUCAACCCCAAAGUGGUAGACAUUAACACGCGUGAAAGAGUCCAAAAGAAAAAAAAAAAGAAAGAAAAAAAAAACAAAGCUACAGACUGUAGAAGGCUGGUGAAUCAGGGACAUUGGAAGUUUUCCCAUAUUGUAAGCAUCACGCACGAGCGCUCGUCUUUGGUUCUCCUUAAGACGACCUCACCCGUCUGAGCACUGCUUAAAACAUGGGUAACUUACGUAUUGCCCGCUUCACUAACCUUUUACAGUCCAAAGUAGUAGAGUUGUGUGUGAGGCUAAGCUUUCACAAAAGAAAAAAAAUAAGAUAAUUAGGAGGAUGGCAUUUCGGGGCAUUCUUGCGCUUGGCUCAGCUGCACUUGCCAGUGCUAUCUCGAGCUUGGAAAAGGCUCCCAUGUGCCCUGAAUACCGUGUGCAUUGGUCUGUCUUGUUGCAAAGUCUAAGAUGGCAUCAGGUAGCAGGGAGAGGGCGCGCGGUUGAUAGUGCUUCCGUUGCUUACCAAUAGGUGGUGCCCAACACAGUGACCACGACGUGUUUCCAGCUCUGAGAUUACUUCUGACGCAUGAAGUUCAGGAAGGCUUAGCCUUCGAGAUCUGUUUCAGUUACUCCGAGGACGCGGUCGCUGGGGGCUGGAUUCAAGCGCUACCCAUUCCACGUUUCUCGCUUCGUGUGUCCCGUUGUUGUCGUGCACGCUCCUGCACUAUGAUCGCUGUGCAUGGAAGGUAGCUCAGUGCGCCAAAAAAAAAAAAUGCCUUUUUCUAGCUCGAUUUUAUGACAUGCGGGGGAGUUGGACCUGCAGCCUGUCCUGUCGGCGAGCAACAGGAGAUUGAUAUCUAAGGAUGGUGUGCUGAUCUUGCCCAUUGUCGUCCCGCCCGUGGCCAAAGUUGACAUAGAGAGUUGCCGAGCCACUCAAGAGCCAAACAACUAAACACUCUUAGCAGCUCCAGAGUCAGACUACCUGCAUUCUCUGUUCACAGCUCAACUUCGUUUUUUUACUGAUUUGCCAGCCUCAAUUUAUUUUUUCUCUCCACAGUAGAGUGUUGCAGGUACGAUGGUAUUUCUUUGGUUGAGGACGCAAAAGCCCGAGCUCUUUGAUUGCCUCCUGAAUCGCCCCAUGUAGUCAUGGAAUUCGAAGACAUUGCAGUAAUUGCACCUUUGCAGUUGAAAGCGCAGGGCAUGUUUAAGUAUGUGUCUUUAGUCGUCUGCUAAUGCUGACUUGCAAGAGCAACUGAAGGGCGUUAUGCUAUCUUUUGUAGAAAGUUGCUGUCAGCUAACACCUGCAACGUGUUCCAAGUCUUUUUCAGGAAAGCACGUAGCAAAAGCUUGAGCCUGGACACCUUGGCACUCCCUAUAGCUCAGAUUGACUAACUCUAUCGAUCACAUAAAGGUUACUGAAAACUUGUUGAUCAUGGUCAUGGUGCGGUGGUUCUACGAUGCUGCAUUUAUGAGUUCUAGGACAGGCACCAUUCUGCUUGCUUUCCUGUGGAACUGGCGCCAGGAAAAUAUGUGCAGUUUCACCCUAAGUAUGAAGCAGUUACAACGAUAGCUUACGUGUGCACAUUGUCGUCUGCUGCCUACCAAAUUAUGUGCACAAUAUAUUGGAGAAGUUAAUCAAAAGAACACGACUUGCAUAAAAUGCUACAAUAGACGAUAUGCAAAACCUGCAAGUGUGCUUUGCCACGCACCUUCUUUGACGUAACCAAGAUGGCAGACCUCUGGCUAAUAUCGUAAUUGAAGUGUCAACAUGUGGAAUGGUGACAUCAUUCCUUCCGGCAUCAAUUCCCCGCACUGUCCAAGCUCUAUAAACGCAUGCCUCAGCUUUGACCACGCUACUGGCGGGAAUACGGCCAUAUUGGUUAGGGCAAGGUAGCUGUGUGGGAAAGCCUGCGUACAGAUUUUUGCAUAUCGUCUGUUUCAUUUUCUUAAGUAUGUUAGCAUAGAUUAAGUCAAAACAGCACAUUUUUGCCGAAUGUGGACGUCAUAGCUGACACACAAGAAAUUUUGUUGACACAGAGUCAACUGUCAAGCAACGUUCAACCUAUGAGUGUUGCAAUUAUAGAACAUCCAAGAUUUAUGGGCACUGUGACAGCGUUGAGUACAUCUCUCUCUUUGUCUCAAGUUGCAUUGUUCAAAAAUUCUAAAAUGUACUGUGAAGGGCUCAUAAUAGCUGUUUACUUUUAAGAAAGAGUGAAUUGGCACACAUGCAACAUGUUCCACUGCCGCUGUUAGCAAGCAUCUUGCUUCGGGGCAGCAGCUCUUGCCACAUCCAAUUUCUCCAUUAAGCCUUCCGCCUGACAGUGCCGCAUUUUGCAACCCCUUUUGUGUGCUGCCACUUAUUUAUGGAAUCAUCGUCAUUCGUCAUGUUCGCUCAUUUUACUCAUUUUGCUGCAGCUGCGCACAUUUCUUGUGCCACCUAUUGCAAUGUGCAGCAGUGGUCAAGAAUCUUGCUGCCGAAGCAUGCUGCCACAUUUGUGUUGGAUACUAUCGGUUCUUGGCGUAUCAGUGCAGUUUGCGAAUGCCUCUCUCAGAUUGGAUUGCCUGAGCAUCGUUUGCACAGCGCCACCUUUAGUUGUUCUGGUUCACUGCCAGCUACAAAUGUGCCGAGUGCCUAAAGCAAAUGCAAUGGCCAAAUGUACUGUACUUGCCGUUGAGUUCGCCAGCUAUCGGGAAUCAUGAAGCUGAAACUGUACUCAUGCCUCGGGUGUGUAGUGGAGGCGAUGCAAGAGCCCGAGACAAGGGACUCGAGCCUAAUGCUCACCCCAGUUAAAGAGCUGCGUGGCGUUAUAACGUGAAAAUUGAGGAUAUCGGCACUUGGUCACACUUAAUUACAAGGUAGCUAUUGCUACUACAUUUGUGUAGAUCUUUUGGCAUUGUGGUGUUGUGGAAGCAAGCCUUUUCUCAUUUAGCAUGUCGCCUUUCUGUACACCUUUAGCCUGUAACGUUAAGCACCAUAGCUAAGCGCUAGCAACGACACCCUUUGCCAACUCCUGAGUAAGGUCUACGCAGCUCCCCAAUCAGCCAGCCAUCAGCAUGUCGGUUACGCAUUUCUGGUUGCAUGAACAACAUAUUCGCUCUCGGUUUCCCUCCCGUGCUUUAUGACCUUAGGUAUUGUUUUGUCAUGGCAGCACGAUACAGCAUAUCACCUACUGUGAAGGUUGUCUUAAAGUCUAACACCAGUACCGGAUACAGGUACUCUGCAGAUCAUGCACACUUCAACCAUCAUGCAAGUUGAAUAGUAGUGUAGUCCAGGCCAUCAAGAUCUAAGCCUAUGGCAUCCAUAGCCAACUACAGUAAACCCUUGUCAUAACGAAAUCGCUUUAUUCAUCAAAGUUUUCCGUGGUUCCGACUACAUUGCUUGCUUUGUAGACUGGAUUGGCACUCGAAGUUAUGAUUGGCACAGGACUUCGGUUAGUAUGAAGUUCAGAGCGGGAAAGUUGACAUGGCGCUGUUCAGUGCAGCGACCUUUUGCAUUUCUUUGUGUCAACCUGGAAAGGCUAAGAGCCCUGUGAAGGUGGAUCCGCCAUGUGGUGGUAGCUUCUUGGGACUAUGACUUUGUCAUGCCAUGCUCGCAGACAGAUGAAACAGCUAUUCAAUGUCGUCAGUGGAAGUUUGCCAUUGUUCAUCAUGGUUUUGUUUCAACAUACUUUUGUUAUGACAAGUGUUUACUGUUUGCUGACUUCUCUACAUACUUCUACAUGUUCUGAGCACAACAGUGAUUCAGUGGUGCAUACCUCUGUGCACGUUGCCCUGCAGGGUGGUGUAAUGCACCUUCAUGUGCAUUUGUUUGCUGAUGUAGUAAGGAAAAUAGCUGCGGCACUUUUCUCGUGUAUAAGAUUUGCACAGUUCAUUGUAUAGAAUUGUUUGCUGGCUUGUACUUCAUUCCUAUGCUUUCAUUUUCUUCUUUCAGGCUUUGGCACAAAACUUAACAGGGGUAUUAAAGGCAAACAUUAACCCUUCCACACGCUACGUACACAAUUGUGUACACCAAAUCACUGAUGAAAGUAAUGAUAUUUAAAAUGUGUUGCAUACAUCUUUAAACACUUAUGAUUGGAAUGGUGCGGCAAUUUUGAAUAACUUGUGCAAAAUGUUUCGGCAAAAUAAGUGGGAAGGUCGACGGCUGGGUGUUCUUGCUUGGUGUGAGUAUGUUGUUGUAUGUAGCGGGUUCACUUCUUUCAUUCUUUCUCACAAUGUCAUGCAGCAGACAUAAUUUGCAAGUGGCUGAAUAAGUGCUUUUCAAGCUUUUCAAAACACGAAAUAGUUGAUGUCAUAUUUGAUGCUCCUCUAGUGAGUUUUCGUGUGGAGUCCACAUUCUGUAAAGUUGACAAAACUCACUAAAGAAUUGAAAAUUCUUAAUCAAUUCUGCUGCUCUACACUUUAUAUGAUUCUGAAGAUGCAAGAAAUGUGGUGAAAGUAAUUUUCAAUCAACAGGAUAAAGUGGCGUCUGAAAGGGUUAAGUCGAGCUGAAGUGAUAGAAUAGGGUUUCAAAAUGUUCAGAGUGUCACUUUUAUUGAGAACAAAGCUUUUUCAUAAGUGAGAUAGUGACGUAAACAUAGUGUUUGCUCCGCCAUUGUGCAAGUACGUCUCAUUUGCAAUUGCUGAAGGGUACGUAAGUGGGUAUACAGUAGUUAAAUGCUGGUGUUAAAGAGAUAAUUACAUUGCAUGCGAAUGCAAAGGAAAAUGCAUUUGGCCAAUUAUAUAUAAUCAUGCCGAAGAAAGAGCUCCCUUUAUUGGCAGCAUUUGGUAUUCGGAAAGCGGCGCCCCCUAUGUGUGUGACCCACUGCGGAAAUUGAUGCAGAGGGUGACCUCUAAGAUUGCCAGUACACAAUAGGAUGUGUAUGACACAAUUUAGUCUCAUUUUAUGUUGUGUGCUUUGCUCAAAACGCGCACUGUUCUUCAAUUUUGAUUUUUUGAAUGACUAAGUGAUCACUUGGCAAAGAACAAGUGAACCAUAAGCUAUGUCACUCUAGCGUGACAUAAUGUUUGCCUUUAGUUCCACCCAAACCUUCAGAAGCUUGCACAAAUUUUCAUUGAUGCACUGCUCGGGUACUAGCUUUGUGAUGGUGUUAUGAAAUGCACAUCGUGCCUGUCAAAGUCUGCAUUGGACAUUAAGUAACGAAAGGCCGACGCACCGCAGUGGUUUAUAUCUAAGCACACCUCAUUGCGUUACCAGACGUUAGUGCACAAACUUUGAGACUUAGGUGCCCCUCUUGACAUGGCAGGUGGCCUUUUUUUUCUCACCUGCACUGUCGACACAGUCCAAAGGUCGGGGCUAACUUAGCGCACCGGGAACCUCAAACUCUCAUCUGCUUCUGAGCAAGGACUUUUUUUGUUGCACAAUUUUGCCAGAGAAGCCGAGUGUUCUACGGAGUGUAGGCCUCUACAGCUAGCAGAUGGGAACUUGGUGCAGAAGUUGCAGUUGCAGAGUCCCAGAUCAAGCAUUGCACCUGCUGCAUCAAAGAGUACUAGCAGCCAUUGUCAUGUCUGUUAAAAGAAAGAAAGAGCUUGCUGCUUGUUAUCAGAGGCCGCAGCCACUACAGAAAUGAACUGCAGUGCUGAUAUAAUGCUUUUUGCGAGGAUACAGCAUUGGACGUGCAGCUUCAGCCUCUCCAGUGACCGCACAACCUUCAGUCCUUCUCCAUUGCACACUUUGUAGCAGACGUGGACACUCUGCAUUUCAGUUGAACGCACAGGCCUCUUUGUAAAGCAAAGCUAGGGGUUGAAGUCUCGCAACCCUUUGUCCCCCGCUCACGUCUGCGCACACCGCUAGUCCGUCAGAGAGCAUUCGCAUCGUCGAUACUCGAUAGGUUCUUGCCUCUCCGUCUAACAAGGCCACUGGCCCGCUUGCAGUUCGCAGAGGAGGUGUCUGUUGUUUGGCAGCUUUGUGGUCUUUCAGUCAGUCAGUUGGUCGUCGCGAUCGUCUAAAGCAUUUCCUCUUUCCCAGUCUUCCCGGGGUUUCUUAGGAACGCGCCAAUGUGAUGCGGCUUUCUCCGAGCGUCGUUUUUUUGAUAGGUCGUCGAUUAUUUAUUGCAUUCCUGUACACACGGUUGAGAACCAGGUGACAGCAGCUCUACGCGCGAUAUGCGAUGCUGAGGGCACCUCUCUCUCUCCUUUGAGACUCGGAUCGUUUCAUAUUAGAUUAUACAUAUUAUAUAUAUAUAAAUAUAUACAUAUGAAAUGUGUAUAUACAUAUGAUGAAAUGUGAGUUUGCGGCUUCCAGUUGGACAAAGCCGUGGCGUUGUGCCACUGCGACUUUUAUCGUUGUACUAUUGAGAUUAGCGAUCGACAAAACGUAGAGUGAGCUGCAGUGGCAAAAGGGUUUUAUAUCCAUGUGUCUGUGUGUUUUGUGGCUUGUUCCUUAUAUAUAUAUAUACAUAUAAAUAUAUAACAAAUGUUGUAAGAGACCUUAAUUCAUGUGGAAGCACAAAAAAGUAUAUGUCAUGCCUGAUUGUGUGAAUUGCGUGGUGUGGGCUACGGUGUGAUUGAUCUGACGCACACCUCGGUGUCUCCUAAUUAAAGGCCAAGCACAAAAAGUGUGUAAGACGAAUGAACUGCUGUUGUUUUAGACUCCUUUUUUUGUCUGUCUGUUUUUUUUUAAAUAAAGCCUUACAAAGGA